CGACACGACGGCCGAGGGGGAGAUAGAGAGGUUGGUUGAGGUUUGGGAGUUUGGAUUGCUUGGAUUUUGAUCCCGUAAGAUCGUUCGACGGGCGGAGUGCGGGUGGUCGGGAUGAACGACGGUGGUGGAGGAGGGGUGAGGGUGCCGGGACUAGCCGACGAGACGAACCCGACGGGGACGGGGGACCGGGCGGUGGAGGUGGAUUACGUCCGUUGUUUCCACCGGCACGAGCCCAGUGAGAACCAGUGCAGCUCCGCGGUCUUCAAGCACAUUAAAGCCCCCGUCCACCUCGUGUGGUCUCUGGUUAGGAGAUUCGAUCAGCCUCAGAAGUACAAGCCCUUUGUCAGCAGAUGCAUCGUGCAGGGGGGCGUCGGCGUCGGGAGCCUGAGGGAGGUGAAUAUAAAAUCCGGGCUCCCCGCGACCACCAGCUUCGAGAGGCUGGAGCACCUCGACGACAAUGAGCACAUCCUCAGCAUCAGGAUCGUCGGAGGAGACCAUAGGCUCAAGAACUACUCAUCUAUCAUUACUGCACAUCCUGAAACUACAGACGGGAGACCUGGAACUCUGGUGAUCGAGUCGUUUGUGGUGGAUGUGCCUGAUGGGAACACAAAGGAUGAAACCUGCUACUUUGUGGAGGCAUUGAUCAAGUGCAACCUUAAAUCAUUAGCUGACAUAUCGGAGCGCCUGGCAGUUCAGGAUUACACCGAGUCGAUCCACCACUAGAUAUAGUUUUUGUUCUGUUCCUUCUUUCUUGCUCUGAGAGCUGAUUAAAAUAGAUCAUCCACCCGUGAGGUUCACUAUGUGGAUGUUGCUGUGUGUGAAUAAUACCUAUGACCGGGUUGUUUGUUCCCGGAGUUGUUUUCAUGUUGAGAUCAUCAUUAGGGCAUCAGCCGUGUCAGAGUAGAGAUACAAGGUGGUAAAGAUCAUCGGAUGUUGGAUCAUGAUGUUAAAAUCUUUGGUGCAUGAUAGAGGCUGGAGAUGCACUUUGUAGUUACUAUAUUGCGAAUAGAAAACAGGGAUUUGCCUAA